AUGUAUGCGUGUCUCCAGCUAGGCCAGAGAGUGAUGGCGGCGCCCGUCCUGAGAGUGUCCACCCCUCGGUGGGAAAGAAUAGCUAGGCUUCUUGUUUGCCUGUUGGGCAUCCUGUUGUCUCUAUAUGCCUUUCACGUCGAGAGGGAAAAGGCUCGGGAUCCGAGUUAUAAGGCUAUGUGCGACGUCAGCAGCUCCAUCAGCUGUUCAAAAGUGUUCAGCUCAAGGUGGGGUCGAGGAUUUGGACUCUUGGGCUCAAUUUUUGGAAAUGACAGCGCACUGAACCAACCCAACAGUGUCUAUGGGAUUGUCUUUUAUGCCUUUCAGCUUUUACUAGGAAUGACUGUCAGUGCAAUGGCCGCCCUUAUUCUCAUGACGACAUCCAUCUUGUCGGUGGUGGGUUCACUCUACCUGGGCUACAUCCUCUACUUUGUCCUAAAGGACUUCUGUAUCAUCUGCAUCACCACAUACGCGCUGAACUUCAUUCUCUUUAUUCUCAACUACAAGCGACUGGUUUACUUGAAUGAGGCCUGGAAGCAGCAGCUUCAGGCCAAGCAGGACUAAGCUGUCGAGAACGGCAAGAAAAAUAUGAUAAACAAACAACGACAAAAAAAAAAAGAAAUGUGACCUCUGAACAUUUGACUUGCCACCAGGAGACCUUGCUUCCAAACAAUGUUUAUUCUGCUGUGUGUUAAAAAAAAAAUGAAGAAAUUUAACUUAAAUGUUGGGCCUGACAUCUCAAUGUUGCAAACACGGAAGGAUCUGUAAGUGAAAGAUGAUUUUUUUUCUUUUAAUUUCUUUUUCCUUGUUUAACAUUGUACUCACUUAAGGAAGGGGCUGGCUGUGUGUGCGUGUGCGUGUGCGCGCGUGGGCAAACACAUCAACCCGAGCAAGCAGAGGCAGAACGCCACAAUACAGAACGAUGGAGGACAGCUCUCCUUUGAACAAAAAGGAACGCAGAAUGGAAGAAAAAACAGGACAUUAAAGGGGUUUACUUGAAAUUGUUAGAAAGGUCCUAUUACUGCACAGCGGAUCUGCACUAAAACCCGGAGCCGAAUAAAGGGCCCCAAAAUUAGAAAGAAAACACUCAUUGGGUUAUCGUUCAGUUUGCAGAUAAGGUUCCACGGCAGGGUGGGGAUGGGGGCAGAACGAUUAACAUUUAUACAGAAUAGUUUUUUUUGUCAUGUUUACACUUUGUAGUAUGUUCCUUUUUGAAGAGGACCACUAAAAACAAACACAGGACAAUGUGAGAUGUUGUGUGUAGAUCAGUCAGAUUGUUUGUUUUUGCAAUUCUGUAAAUAGCUGCUGAGCAAUAUUCCAGGCUAGAUUGUGAUUUAGUGUUGACACAAACCUUUAAGGAAAACAAAACAAAAAAACAUCAGUAAAUCUGGAACAAAACGUGAUCAAGGUCACAGCUAGGUGGGGGAGUCUGAAGAUGUGCCCGGGACAUCUUCCGUCCUGUAAUCCUGGUCAGGCAUGCAGUUCAGAGUUGUGUGGAUUUCUUUGUAUGUGGUGAUUGUUUCAUCAGAAGCCACAGACACAAGUCUUUGAAACAGUAUAGAACUAUAGGUUCUUUUCACCAAGUUCCCAUAGAGGCACCCUCACUCUUUUUCUUUGGUUAUUCUGUGAAAAGCAUUCCUGACCACCACUCAAGUGGGAUCCAUAAAGACUUAUGUGCCUA